AUGUGUAGUGAACGUGAUUUAUCAUCUCAGUCGUCAGCAUUAUCAUCAUAUUUGCAAACGACAACAACAACACAAGACAACGCAGCUCUUUUUCGUGUUUCGUAUUCCGUCAUUCGUACUGAACAGCUGAAUCGAUGUCUAGGCGAACUCAACAUCAUCGUGAAUGAGGCCAAAGAAAUUGAGCGGAAAGCGCAGAUUAUCGAAGAAUAUAUCAAGGACACCACAACAAUCGACGCACUCUAUCUGAGCGUAGCGAUGGAAAUGAGCGACACUAAGUCCAGUGAGCCAUCGUCGGAAUGGCAUGUUCGCUUCCUUGCACAACCCAACAUUAGAAAAAAAGUUCUGAUUAAUCUGCUGUGGGAAGCACACAAUGCUAUGCUUCACUUGGCGAACUCGAUCGACGAAGUGCGCAGUCCCAAAGUUGUAUAUGAAAAGACGAGUGAUAGAGUGUUGGCUGGUAUGCUACAGAAAAACACAUUUGUAGCAUUGGCUGGGCUUUCCUAUCUACGUGAAAUCGUGAGUUAUGAACCAGUCAACAUCGAUAAUACCAUCUGUGGCGGCCCACCAUCCGUCAUCAUCUGUGUUCAACGAACACUCGAUGAAAUAGCUACAGCAGCCAAGAACAUCCACACACUGACCAUACAAAUCGAACAAAACGUUCGUCAACGAGAUCCAAAUACACUCACUCUACAAAAUCACAUCAUCAACAAACUAUCCAGCAUCAACAACUCAUUACCAUCAUCCAAAACUCAUCAACAGUUUAUGAUCAUGAACAACAUCGAUAAAAGUGAUCUGGUACAUCUGAUGAAGGAGCAAGACUAUGCUGCUAGUUAUCUAUACAAAUCAGUGGAUAACAUCCGACAUCUGCAAAGCAUGUCAGAGAACGACGAAGUGCAUGACCUAUUCGAUCGGAUCCAAGUGAUCUUGCAAGAAGAGAUGAUCUGUAGUUACCGAAACAUUCUCCAUGUGUUUGCAGAAGGAUAUGCAUCAAUGAACGACAUGAUCGGGGUUCAGUUGGGAAGGAUGCGAAAACAGGAAGAAGAACUACACAUUGGAAAAGAGUUUAACAAAUGUCUUAGCGAACAACGAACAAAAGAUGAUCAUAUGUGCCAAAUAAAUCAUAGUAUCCUAUGUGUCAAAGACGAGUUCAAAGAGAUUACGAGCAAAGCAGAGCACAUCAUUCGAAAGACACUUGAAAUCGAAGAAAGCAUUAUCCAAUCGAAACUGACCGAUAAAGUCUUUCAGCGUAUAACCAUAGAGAGGAAUUAUACUCGUUCAAGCCUUCCUCCUUCACACUAUCUUGUUGACCUGUCCGAAAAAAAUAAUAUCAAUCGAAAGUUUCUUGUUGAGCUGUUGGCCGAAACGCACAAUGCUCUUAUCUAUUUUGCAAACAAUAUCGGAGAUGUACGUCGGCUAGAAAACAACUACGGACAAGGUGUUGACCAUGCUUUUGCGAAUAUUCAGACGGUUUUGAAACUUGAAAUGGUGUGUCGGUAUCGAAAUGUGAUGAACGUUUUUUCCACACCAUGGAAAUCAAUUCAUGAAAUCAACGAUCGACUGAUUUUUUCAGCUAGAAUGAUACAUCUUUGUUUAUCCGAUUAUUAUGCUGUUCGCGCUAUAGUUAUCGCUAGACAUCUUCGGCAAUGGAUGGAAGAUCUAAUUACUGGCAUCAAUGGUCUCGACACGAAAUACUUAACAUAA